AUGCCGACGCCUGCUUCGUCAUUACUGCGCAGCCUACAACGGCCUCUUCGCGCCGUCCCCAACGUACAUCCCCCGUCCAAGGCCCCUUUAAUAUAUCAACUAGCUGCAUCUCUCUCUACAUCCUCCACGUCUUCGCCCACGUUGAGUACGAAGACGCGCAAGAAGCAAGCUCGACUGGCUAACCUGCCCAUAUUUUGGCCAAUCACAGGUGUCGAUGAACCUCCUCAACUACGUCCACACGAAGUGGACAUUGUGAACCGCCUGUUCCAAGUUCCCAGUACGUUGAUUACGUCGACAUCGGAUCCGAACGACCUUCCGGAUUGGGAUGUUCCCGAAAUAGCGUUUGCGGGACGCUCCAACGCAGGCAAGUCGUCCCUAAUCAACGCUCUAACCAGGCAGAAGGGACUCGUUCGGACCUCCAAGACGCCAGGACGUACGCAACAACUGCAUUUCCUCAGUGUAGGAGGCAAAAAAGGGAGUUUACCGGAGCUGUCCCUUGUGGACAUGCCUGGCUUCGGGUUCGCCACCGCUCCAAAGAAAGUGGUGGACGAGUGGCACACGCUGGUCGGCGGAUACAUUGACAACCGCCGUGGGAACAAUCUUAAGACGACCAUGUUGCUCAUUGACGCUAGACGCGGACUCGGACCGGCCGAUCACGACUUCAUGGACUUUCUGCACGACCUGGGGGCGCUGUACCAGGUCGUGUUCACUAAGGCGGACGCAGUGUCACGCGGCGAUUUGGAGAAGCAGAUCCACAAGGCUCAGGACGUGGCCCUUAACGCUGAACGGAUGGUAAGAUGGACAUUUUUGUGGACGUGA